AUGACCUUGCUCCUCAGUCAAAUCUUUAUCCUCGCUCAUAUCAAUCCCAAAGCUGUCAAAUACAACCAUGUCGUCAACUGCUACAACGCCAUCCCUUUUGAUAAUGUUCGAGCUGCUGCUACCCUCACUGCCAUGAUCAUUAUCUUUCGAGACUAUUAUGUCUUUACUGACGAUGCCCUUUCUCCGACUGCUACCCUACCAUUUGCGAACGCCCCACAUGAUAUUCUUGGAGAGCUGGAGAAGAUUGGUCGGAAAAAGUAUACCAGCGACUACCAGUUCCAUAAGGAUAUGCUUGUUGCUAUCACUGGUCUGCACGAUGGUCAUGCUGCGUACCAGAGACGCUCUCACCCACUCCACACCUACGCCAGAGACAUUCAAGGACGAUCCCAUGACCCCAACGCCCGUCUCAACUUCAUGCUCGCCUCACAGACUUACAACAUCGCCAGUCGGAAAUUUACUCUCUCACCUGGUGAUUUUGCUUUCCGUGAGACUAUUCCCAAAACCCCAUACCUUGACUACCAACUCAAGUGCGGCAACUCGACGGAACCUAUUUUGCUCCGAGAUGAGUGGCGGAUCUUUCCUAAAGUCGUACCUGCUUUCAUGGACGCUGCCUCCUUUUUUCAGAACGUUUGUCUUGUCCCACCUGAGACCGAUGGUGAUGAUGCUCGUCCAGCUGUGGGUGGUAUUGUCCUCCUCCGCCGCAAAUUUGACCCCGUCCCUCAGAUCAAGAUGCAUGACGAGGGCGAACCCAUGCCUGACCCCUUUAUCCUUCCACCACCUCCACCUACUAUCAAAGAGUUCCCUGGCGCAGAAACCCUCGUCACCGGCAAUGCUACAGUUUUCUUUCACCUCAAGGAUCGACCCGACACUGGAGUUCUUGUCUGCCACACCUUCUUACCCAGCGACAUCGAUGCAGAAAAAGAUUUCAUCCUUGCAGGAUUGAGAGCCUUCCACCUACACAACGUGACCAACAUUGUCCUCGAUUUCCAGGGCAACACUGGUGGAUCGAUCGAAUUAGCUACUUUCAUGGUCUAA